AAUGUCAACAGAAGUAGAUUCUUAAUAAAAGUGAACUUUAUCUUGAAAAUUUUAAAAAUUAUGAAGACAUAUCUAGCUUUAUUGUUACUGUGCACCGUCUUCUUGACUACAUCACAAUCAUUUGUUGACAAAACUGUAAAAACUUUUCAGGCUGAGAGAACAUGUGGGUAUAACGAGGUCUGUAAAGAAGAAUUCCAUAAAAUCUUUAAAUGUAAAUGCCCAGCAUAUCUCUAUUGCCGUUCACAAGGAAGAUAUUACAACGCAGUUUGCUCAAUCACUGAUACAGGAUACAUUUGGAGUCAGGAACGGGCUUAUGAAUUGACAAGGUCGAAGAAAUGAAAUAAGGUUUAAAUAAAAUCUAUGGACUUGAUUGAUUCCUAAAAGGAAAAAUUUAAAA